AUGGACGCGGCAUGCAAUUCCUUCCAAGACUAUGGGAAGAUCGGUGAACCAGAUCAUGGUCAUGAUGAUUCCUUCCGUUGCAAGUCACGAAAUCGUAAAAUCACUCUAAUUGUCUCGUCGGCUAUCUUUUUGGUGGCGGUGGCGGUUGGGGUUGUGGCAGGUACUUUCGUACAUAAGUCAUUCAAGGAAGGAGCCUCCUCGGGUCCUCCCCCUAUUGAUGCAUCGGUCAAGGCAUUAUCGGGUCCUCUCCCUAUCGAUGCAUCGGUCAAGACAUUAUGUAGCGUGACUCAGUACCCAAGCUCAUGUUCAUCGAGCAUUGAGUCAUUGAACACUAACAAUUGCACAAGCCAUAAAGAGCUCUUUAAGUUGUCUCUUUAUGUUGCUGCGAAUGAUCUCGCAAAGUUGGCCACAUUUCUGAAGUCAAUGAUCUCCAAUAUCGAUGAUGAACGAGUGCAUGGUGCACUUGGGGUUUGCCAAGAAGUUAUUAAUGGUGCUAUUGGCAAGCUCAACGACUCGAUUUCAACUACAACGAAUAAGGUGGAGAGCUUGUUAACACUACGGUCGAUUGAUGACUUGGUGACAUGGCUUAGUGCUGCCAUUACCGAUCACGAGACAUGCCUAGAUGCUCUAAGCGAGGUAAACGCCACCAAAGUGUUGGACAAAGUAAGAGAGUUGAUGAGGAACUCAACCGAGUUCACCAGCAACAGCUUGGCAAUCGUAUCGAAGGUCCUUGGCAUACCACUAUCAACGUACAAGAUCCCCAUCCACCACAACCGGCGUCUCUUGGGAGAGGGAUCAUCACUAUUCCCAAAAUGGAUGGGGCACACAGACCACAAGUUGUUAGAGACGGCGAACCCUACACCAGACAUAAUUGUAGCAAAGGAUGGGACUGGCAAUGUGACGACCAUUAUGGAGGGUGUGGCUAAGAUCCCGAAGAAAAGCAACACAAGGUUUAUCAUUUACGUGAAGGCUGGAGAAUAUGUGGAGAACGUGAAGUUGGAUAAGUCCCUUACAAACGUUAUGAUGUAUGGAGACGGAAACCUCAAGACCAUAGUAUCUGGUAGCCUCAAUUUUGUCGACGGUACCCCGACAUUCUCAACCGCCACUUUCGCUGUUAUGGGUGGUGGCUUUAUCGCAAGGGACAUAGGGUUCGUGAACACGGCUGGUGCCGCCAAGCACCAAGCAGUGGCUCUUAUUUCUGGGGCUGAUCAAUCCGUCUUCUAUAGAUGCUCAUUCAAUGCCUUCCAAGACACCCUUUAUACAUAUUCCGGUCGCCAAUUCUAUCGCGAUUGUAGUAUUAUUGGUACUGUUGAUUUCAUUUUUGGUAAUGCAGCCGUCGUCUUUCAAAAUUGUAGUAUUCUUCCAAGGCAACCGCUCCCUGGCCAAUUUGUCGCCUUAACAGCUCAAGGAAAAACAGAUCCUAAUCAAAAUACCGGAAUUGUCAUCCAAAAAUGUACCUUGACACCAUUUGAUAGUCUCACUUCUCAAGCUUAUCUAGGUCGGCCUUGGAAGAAUUAUUCGACAACCGUGUUUAUGCAAACUCAAAUUGGUUCAUUCUUGAAUCCUGCCGGUUGGAUCUCUUGGGAUACAAAUGUUGAUCCACCCGAUACAAUAUUAUAUGCUGAGUAUAUGAAUGAAGGCCCGGGAUCUGAUACAACUAAAAGGGUUACAUGGGCAGGAUACAAACCUAACUUGAGCACAAACGAAGCCUCAAAAUUUACGGUGAAGUCCUUUAUCGAUGGCACAUCUUGGCUACCGGAAACUAAUGUAACCUUUGACGAUUCCUUGUGA